UGCCAGCGCCGCUGCAGCCGCUGCUUUGCUCCCGCGGCCCGGAGGCUUCCCCCUCGGAGGAAAAUGAUCCACAGUUUGUUUCUUAUAAACUGUUCUGGUGAUAUAUUCUUGGAGAAGCACUGGAAGAGUGCGGUCAGCCAAUCUGUAUGUGAUUAUUUCUUUGAAGCUCAGGAGAGGGCAGCCGAUGUGGAAAAUGUGCCUCCCGUCAUUCCCACACCUCACCACUACCUCAUCAGCAUCUAUCGGGAUAAAAUCUUUUUUGUGUCUGUCAUACAGACAGAGGUGCCGCCUCUCUUUGUCAUCGAGUUCCUUCACCGGGUUGCAGACACCUUCCAGGAUUACUUUGGAGAGUGUUCAGAGACGGCGAUUAAAGACAAUGUUGUUAUUGUGUAUGAGUUGCUGGAAGAGAUGCUGGACAAUGGCUUUCCACUGGCCACAGAAUCCAAUAUUUUGAAAGAACUCAUCAAACCUCCCACAAUCCUACGCUCUGUUGUGAACUCCAUCACAGGCAGCAGUAAUGUGGGUGACACUCUUCCAACGGGCCAACUGUCCAACAUUCCCUGGCGGAGAGCAGGUGUGAAGUACACCAACAACGAGGCCUACUUUGAUGUGAUUGAAGAAAUUGAUGCCAUUAUAGACAAAUCUGGUUCCACUGUCUUUGCGGAAAUCCAAGGAGUCAUCGAUGCGUGCAUCAAGCUCUCGGGGAUGCCCGACCUUUCACUUUCCUUCAUGAACCCAAGACUUCUGGAUGAUGUUAGCUUCCAUCCGUGCAUUCGGUUCAAGCGUUGGGAGUCAGAAAGAGUCCUCUCUUUCAUCCCUCCAGAUGGAAACUUCAGAUUGAUUUCCUAUCGGGUCAGUUCACAAAAUUUGGUGGCUAUUCCUGUGUACGUGAAACACACCAUCAGUUUCAAAGAGAACUCCUCUUCCGGAAGGUUCGAUGUGACAAUUGGGCCUAAACAGAACAUGGGGAAGACGGUGGAAGGCGUUGUCAUGACAGUUCACAUGCCAAAAGCAGUACUCAAUAUGAACCUUACGGCCACCCAAGGCAACUACACAUUUGAUCCCGUCACUAAGGUGUUAACGUGGGAUGUCGGCAAGAUCACCGUUCAGAAGCUGCCCAGUCUUAAAGGGAUGGUGAAUUUGCAGUCCGGAGCUCCCAAACCAGAAGAGAAUCCCAGCCUGAAUGUUCAGUUCAAGAUCCAGCAGUUGGCAAUCUCAGGACUGAAGGUCAAUCGCCUUGACAUGUAUGGAGAGAAGUACAAGCCUUUCAAGGGUGUGAAAUACAUCACAAAAGCGGGGAAAUUCCAAGUCCGAACAUGAGGCGAAAGCUCUCUGCCUUCUUGACUGAGAAGUGAGCGUGGGUUUGAUUUGUUGAGGGUUUUUUAUGUUGAGGGGCAAACGUGAUUAUGUAGCGAUACACUCUUAGAUGCCAGUUUAAUGACUCCGGAUCGGCUCAUUCCUAUCAAAUUAAAUGGUAGUUUAAUAUGUCUUGGUACAUGGCUUUGAAAUAGAGUUGCGCUUCCUGUAGCACUGUGUUCCUUUGAGUGGAUCGUCUGGCUCACAAAAUUGUCACAGCACCCCAAGACUGUCCACAGAACCAGCUAACACUGCACACUGCCAAGCGACAGACCAAAGCACAAGAAAGGUGCACAAUCUUCUGGCAAACCCUUAUUUGGACAGCACUGGAGAAGACACAAGAGCUUGGCAGCCUUGAAGAAGUUGGCAUCCCCCACCCUGUUCUUUGCUAGGCCUCGUGGGAGAGAAGGAAGUUCCCUGCACUGUUUACAACACGCUGCCUUUUAAUCCAAACUGUUUGCCUUACCUACUUUUCUCUUGUGUGUUCAGCAGACAAUCUGAAGCCAACACUAGUUUUUCUACCAACUUGCGUUUCUUGGAAGGUGCAAAAUGUAUCAAAGUCUGCUUUGAUUUACAGGCAUCCUCACUUUAAAAGUGUCUGUUCUCAUAUUCGCUGUUUGUGCCAUGUAUACCUCAAGAGUAGCUUACUCGAGGCUGCACAGGUUAUUUAAAAGGUGGUAUUACUGAUUUGUAAUGAAAUAAAAGGGUACUCUGCUAGAAGCGUCCGGUUGUCCAUUCAGUUAACUGUUUGGGUUACCUGCUGCUCAGUAUGUGGGAACCAUUGGAGUCUGGGGCCUUUCUCCAUAGGGUUACUUCUAGAAAUACUCAAGAUAUGGGCGACAGCACAAAUAUUUAACUAAGACACCUCUGCGCAUGUUCGUCAAGUGUAGGGAGAUGCAGUGAUAGCCCAGAAGGAUAGUUUAAAAAGGCAGAGCCAGGGAGAUCCCUCCUCAGAGGGUUUGUUAAUUUCAUCUUCACCUCCUGGAAAGUUCUGUCAAUUUCACCUCUCCAGUCUAAAACUGUGGGGGAUCACAACCAGAAGGUAGGGAGGAAUGGAAAAGGGCUGGAGCUGCCUUCCAGAGCCAGGCUUGGACCUGGAAAGGUUAUAAUGGGCUGAUGUUUUUCUUCUGGCAUUUCACAGCUCUUUCACGCAGCUUGUUAUAGCAAAGCCUUUGCCCUGCCGCCGGCUCUGUCUUUUUAAACUACCCUUCUCGGCUACCAUUGCAUCUCCCCACACGUGUUCUUCACAUGUCAGAUGUCUUGUGUAGAAAGACUCUUAAGUUAUCUUGACUUAACACCUAAAACAGAAUCCAUUUGAGUCUUUACUACUUUCUCUUCCUGUUGGUAAGCCCUUUCUUCCCUCCUCUCCAAUUUAGCACUGAGCCACUGUCCUGGGCAAUCACUGUAAAUUAGUAUAGCUUUGAGCCCCCCCCCCCCCAACUACUGCCAAGCCUUUUAUCACCCAUCAGUUGAGUACAACCAAUCUGGGCAUGUUCUGUAUACAUACAAAAAUAUGGCUGGGUGCUAA